AUGGUUUUGGAAGGUAGCUCAGAGGCUCUGUGCCCCCCACCAUCAUUGGAGUUACGUGCAUCUUGCAACAAGAACCAGUCUUCACCUCCUCUCGGCCCAAGCUCACAAACCCACAAAGUAAUCUUUCCUGAGGACAAGGAGCCCAUCAAAUAUGGCGAACUCAUUCUCUUGGGACACAAUGGGUCUCUGGCAACUGGAGACAAAGGUCGCAGGAAGAGUAGGUUGGCCCUCUACAAGAGACCUAAAGCCAAUGGAGUCAAACCUGAUGUCAUCCACAAUAUCUCAACACCAUUGGCACUCCGCAACAAAAGUCAGCACAGCAUCUCUUACACAUUGUCACGAAGCCACUCUGUCAUUGUGGAGUACACAAAUGACAUCAGCACAGACAUGUUUCAGGAACGAGCCGCCAAAUGGAGGACUUCAGACAGCCUAAUGGAUGGCCUUACCACCAAUGGUGUACUGGUGAUGAACCCGACAGGGGAGUUUGUGUCUGACCCGGCUCCAGGAGUCUGGAGGGAAAUCUCAGUCUGUGGCAAUGUCUUUGCUCUGAGGGAGACCCGCUCAGCCCAACAGAGGGGUAAACUGGUUGAAAACGAGUCCAACACACUUCAGGACGGUUCUCUCAUUGAUUUGUGCGGGGCGACCCUGCUGUGGAGGACACCUGCUGGAUUAAGGCAUAUCCCCACCCUCAAACAGCUGGAGUCUCUUCGGCAGGAACUGAAUGCUGCCCGGCCUCAAUGCCCCGUGGGCUUCAACACGCUAGCUUUCCCCAGUUUGACCCAACGAGAAACUGUCGACAAGAAGCAGCCCUGGGUCUAUGUCAAUUGCGGCCACGUACAUGGUUAUCACAAUUGGGGCUUUCGCAAGGAGAAAAGGUCCAGUAGCCCUGCAGGUACAACGCCAGCCAGUUAUGGUGAGAGAGAGUGCCCUAUGUGCAGGAGAGUGGGACCUUAUGUGCCCCUGUGGUUAGGUUGUGAAGGUGGAUUGUACCUAGAUGCUGGGCCACCCACUCAUGCUUUCUGCCCUUGUGGCCACGUAUGCUCAGAAAAGACAGUGGUGGGUUGGAGUCAAAUCCCAUUGCCCCACGGCACCCAUGCCUUUCACGCUGCCUGCCCUUUCUGUGGUAACUGGCUAACAGGUGAGCAGGGCCACGUAAAACUCAUCUUCCAAGGCCCUGUCGACUAG